GCUGAAAUCAGUGGCGGGCAGCAGCUCAGAGCACAGUUACAUAACGUAGGGCGAGCAGACCAGUCGCUCAUACAGUGGCAUUACAAAACUAUAGUGAUGUACUGAAAAUAAUAUUACAACAAUUAUAUGUUCAAUAUUCACAUCGACCACAAACGAAGGGAAGUUCCAAUUUAUACAAAAUGAAUAUUGGAGUGUUAUGGUUAAGCGUGCUGCUGGUGGCCAGCAGCUCCGCCAAGUGGCGCUGGCCAGAAGGCGAGGCGGCGGCUUCAGUCCGCAUCGACACCAAAGUGAGAUUCAUCGAAUCUGGCGACGACAGGGAUCCAGAGAAGAUGCAGGGCAUGCACCGCGUGCAGUCGGACGCGCCGUUCAAGGAGCCGCAGGAGACGGAGGGCUUCUACAACCGGCCGCCGGGCUCCGGGCGCUACCCCGUGCGCGUGGAGGCGCACCGCACGCCCUACCGCGUCGACGACAACGCCAUCUACCCCGUGCACACAAAUAAUGCUGUUUCUAGCCCCCCGAAAACUACGGUUUCUGACGGCACCCUCGAUUCGUUGCAAUACUGCAAGUGCGUCUCCAACCCCGACUGCGAUCCGAGACCAGACUCCUUGGGCGCGUGCGGUGCCGGCAAGUUCCUGUGCUGCUACCCGCGACCCAGCAACAAAGACAGGGUGACGCCGCAGAACACCGAGUUCUUCAAUGAACUGGAAGACCAGCGUCCGAUGCUGCUGCCGGGACGCGAGAACCUAGCGCGGCCGUUCCCGCCGCCGCCCAACUCCGUGCACAGCGGCCUGUUCGGCUCGUACGGGCCCGGCCACGACCACGACUCCUCGCACAUCGGCGUCUUCGACAAGCCGCUCGUACUCAUCGGCCCCUCGGGACCCUCAGGACCCGUAGGCCCGCCGAAUAAGCCAAUAGAAUCUGGCGUGCUCGUUGGCCCCGAAGGCCCGACCGGCAUCGUCGGCCCCCUCCCCAACGGACCCCCAGACUCAACUCGAAGCGAAAGUGCACAAAGAGGAGUCUUAGUUGGACCCGUUGGUCCCUCAGGAAUAGUGGGUUCAUACGGCCGACGUCCAGUACUAGUUGGCCCCGGCGGACCCACAGGAAUCAUUGGACCUAGCAGGACUGGACGUGGACCUAAUGUACUAGUCGGACCGGGUGGACCCACUGGCAUCAUUGGCCCUGCCAGACAACCAGGUCUGCUCACUGGCCCAGGGGGCCCAACAGGCUCCAUUGGACCCGGUCGCCCAAUCCUAGUGGGUCCCGGUGGACCCACCGGUCAGAUAGGUCCGAGAUACUACGGCUGCGCACACAGCAGGCGGAGGACCGGCUCGCCGGCGUGGGCGCCGCGCGACUUCUCCAGCCCCGCUCCGAUACACAAGCAUCGGCGGAACGCUCAACCCGUCGCGAACAUGUGUGACUGCAAACAAUAAACCGUCGCAAACUC